AUGAUAAGUCAUAGAUAUAUUAUAUUUUAUUUAUUUUGCUUGCAUAUAGAUAUUUAUGUAAAUAUAUAUACUAGGUGUUUUGGGGUAAACGCAGGCAGCAAUUAUUUGAGAAAUAAUGUCUCUACGUUUGACAAUGUAAAUGUAGAAGAUAAUAAUUUCGUUAUAGGUGAUAAUUAUUAUUUAAAUUAUGAAAGCAAUAAUCAAGAUAUAAUAAGCAAUCUUCAUGAAGCUAAAUUCCCCAAUACUUCUCAAGAAAACAUUGGAGUAGCAAAUGAAAACUCGCAUGAUCCAAAAGUUCAAGAUGAGGAAUUUUCAGUAAUUAAACCUUUAGGUGAUCAUAACCACGUAAAAUCUAAAGAUAUCGGUGUAAUUGGGAACGAUACUACUGAUGGUCUUAGUGUUACUAAUAGUGGUUUUGAUGAUGGUAGUGCUUUCGGUGGAGGACUUACUUUUUCUGAAAAUUCACCACUACAAGGUGGUUUGAAUAAAUGUCCCACUGAAACGUUUUGUAACGAUAUUGGUUCUGCUAAGCAAUGCUCUAAAAAAAUGUUUGCGCAAAAAAACUAUUGGCUCAUCACAACUGUAAUAAAUUCGUUAGGUAAGAAGAAAAGUGUUCCUACGCCAGCAAGAAGAGAAAAAUUAUGUUUUGGAAGUAUAAAACAAAGAUGGUAUAGUAUAAGCGAUGGAACAAAAUUAAAAAAAGAACUUAUAAACGUUGCAUCUACUGAAGCUAAAUUAUUAGUUGAAAUGUAUUCGAAGCAACCUGAAUAUGCCCUUGAAGCAAUAAGAUACAGUUUUGCUGAUAUUGGAAGUAUUAUAAAAGGAAAGGAUAUGGUGGAUGAUUUUCGUACGAAAACCUUGAAAGAUAUAUUUGAGACAAAAAUAAACAAAGACAGAACAGAUUCACAUAUUAUUGGUAGAGAAUCGUGGUGGGAAUAUAAUAAAAAUGAUAUUUGGGAUGCAAUGAUGUAUAAAUACAAUGGGAAUAAGGUUGACAAUAUUUGUCCAGGAUAUAACAAUAUCGAUAAGGUUCCUCAAUUUUUUCGUUGGUUCAGAGAAUGGGGAACAUAUACCUGUAAGGAAUUAAAAAAAGAUAGAGAAUUAUUAAAAACAGUUUGCCACAAUGGUCAGAAUAAACAACAUGAUAAGGUAAUAAAAGAAGGUAAAACACGUGAUGUUAUUUGCAAAGAAAUAUUUAAAGAAUAUGAAAAUUUGGUUUAUUCAAGGAAAAACGAAUGGAUUUUAUUUGUGGAUUCUUUUAAAAUUGAAAAAGAUAAUUAUAGUGAUUUAAAAGAUUUAUCACCUGAAAUGUAUCUAAAAAAAAACUGUCCUGAAUGUGAUUUCCACAAUAAAAAUUUGAAAAAUAUAUUUGACGAAAUUGAAAAUCGCGACAAAAUAUAUAAAGAUAUAUAUGAUGGGAAAUAUUUUCAAGGUACUGUAACAACAACACCACAUCAAGAUUCUAAUUCUAAUGCCCAUACACAAACUGAUCGAGCUGCAGGUGAUGGAUUACAAAGUGGAACAGGACAACGUGGAUCAAGCGUAUCUCAAAAUGAAAUACCUCGAGGCAGUGAUUCCACUCAUUCAGAUGCAAUUUCUCCUAAUUCAAGUAAUCAAGCAGAUAGAACAAGUCAAGCAUUAAAUAAUUUAUCUGGUGGGCAAGAAGAAAGAGCAUUGGAAUCUGGAAAAAGUAAUACAGAUAAUGAGCGCCAUGGUGUGUCAAAAGAUGAUAUUCCUUACGAUCGUAUAUUGGGAUGGGAAUUUGGUGAUUUUUCUCCAAAAAAUAAAUACAAUGAAGAUGAAAAAAAAGAAAAUAUGUUAGAAUUAAUAAAUUUAACUUCAUGGGACAGAGAUAAUAUAGCCAAUGAAAAUGAGGACGUUGAGGAAGAAGAAAUGUACACAAUCGAUGUGGGUGAAAUAGAAUUAGAGGAAGAAGAAGAAGUAGAAAAAGAGGAAGAAGAACAAGUAGAGGAUGAAAUAGAAUUAGAGGAAGAAGAAGAAGUAGAAGAGGAAGAAGAUGAAGAAGAAGAAGAAAAACAAAAAGAGGGUGAUACAGAAGCUACCAAAAACAAUUUAGAAGAAAAGGAUCAAACGACAAAGGAUAAGAAAAACGAAAAAGCAGAAGCAGUUGAUUUAAAAAGAGAUAAUGAUGCAUACCAAUCAUUAAAAGAACGUUCUAAUGAUAAUAAGCAAAUAAAAAAAGUUGAUGAGUCGGCAAUAAAAAACCUCUUUGAUUUGUUUAAUAAAAGUAAUGAUUCGGAGGAUGUGUUAAAAGGUUUGGUAAGAGAAAUAACAAGUUUAUUUCAAAACCAAUAA